AUAAUAGAUAAAAAUAAAACGCAACGACUAAUCUAAUCAUGCAGGCUGAACAAAGUAAUACAUCGACAUGGUUUUUCUUACUAUUCUUAGUAGUGAUCAUAAUUGGAGGGUUGCUAUUUAUUCGUAACCAGACACAAUUUAAUGAAACUAUAAGAGAAGAAUCAUCAGAUAGUAAUCAUGAAUUAGAGGAUAUCAAGUUAGAAUUAUCGAAAAAAAGAGAAGAAUUAUCAAAUGUAAAAGAUGAAUUAUCAACCAAAUCCAAACAGCUAAGUAAACAAAUAAUCGACAAGGAUAGAGAGAUAGAAAUCGAAAAAGGAAAAGUACAAGAACUGACUAGACAAAUAGCCGACAAAGAUGAAAACAUAGAAACAGAAAAAGGAAAAGUGCAAGAACUGAAUAGAAAAAUGGCCGACAAGGAUAGAGAGAUAGAAACCGAAAAAGGAAAAGUGCAAGAACUGACUAGACAAAUAGCCGACAAGGAUGAAAAGAUAGAAACAGAAAAAGGAAAAGUGCAAGAACUGAAUAGAAAAAUAGCCGACAAGGAUAGAGAGAUAGAAACUGAAAAAGGAAAAGUGCAAGAACUGACUAGACAAAUAGCCGACAAGGAUGAAAAGAUAGAAACAGAAGAAGGAAAAGUGCAAGAACUUAAUAGAAAAAUAGCCGACAAGGAUCGAGAGAUAAAAACCGAAAAAGGAAAAGUGCAAGAACUGACUAAUCAAAUAGCCGACAAGGAUGAAAAGAUAAGAACCGAAAAAGGAAAAGUGCAAGAACUGAAUAGAAAAAUAGCCGACAAGGAUGAAGAGAUAAGAACCGAAAAAGAAAAAGUGCAAGAACUAACUAAUCAAAUAGCCGCCAAGGAUGAAAAGAUAAAAACCGAAACAAGAAAUGUGCAAGAACUGAAUAGAAAAAUAGCCGACAAGGAUAGAGAGAUAGGAAUCGAAAAAGGAAAGGUGCAAGGACUGACUAAUCAAAUAGCCGAGAAGAAUAGAAUGAUAGAAAUCGGAAAAGGAAACAUGCAAGAACUGACUAAUCAAAUAGCCGCCAAGGAUGAAAAGAUAAAAACCGAAACAAGAAAAGUGCAAGAACUGACUAAUAAAAUAGCCGAGAAGGAUAGAGAGAUAGAAAUCGAAAGAGGAAAAGUGCAAGAACUGACUAAUCAAAUAGCCGCCAAGGAUGAAAAGAUAAAAACCGAAACAAGAAAAGUGCAAGAACUGACUAAUAAAAUAGCCGAGAAGGAUAGAGAGAUAGGAAUCGAAAAAGGAAAGGUGCAAGGACUGACUAAUCAAACAGCCGAGAAGAAUAGAAUGAUAGAAAUCGAAAAAGGAAAAGUGCAAGAACUGACUAAUCAAAUAGCCGAGAAGAAUAGAGAGAUAGAAAUCGAAAAAGGAAAAGUGCAAAAACUGACUAAUCAAAUAGCCGAGAAGGAUGAAAAGAUAAAAACCGAAACAAGAAAAGUGCAAGAACUGACUAAUAAAAUAGCCGAGAAGGAUAGAGAGAUAGGAAUCGAAAAAGGAAAGGUGCAAGGACUGACUAAUCAAAUAGCCGAGAAGAAUAGAAUGAUAGAAAUCGAAAAAGGAAAAGUGCAAGAACUGACUAAUCAAAUAGCCGAGAAGAAUAGAGAGAUAGAAAUCGAAAAAGGUAAAGUGCAAAAACUGACUAAUCAAAUAGCCGAGAAGGAUGAAAAGAUAAAAACCGAAACAAGAAAAGUGCAAGAACUGACUAAUAAAAUAGCCGAGAAGGAUAGAGAGAUAGAAAUCGAAAAAGGAAAGGUGCAAAGACUGACUAAUCAAAUAGCCGAGAAGAAUAGAGAGAUAGAAAUCGAAAAAGGAAAGGUGCAAGGUCUGACUAAUCAAAUAGCCGAGAAGAAUAGAGAGAUAGAAACCGAAAAGGGAAAAGUGCAAGAACUGACUAAUCAAACAGCCGCCAAGGAUGAAAAGAUAAAAACUGAAACAAGAAAAGUGCAAGAACUGACUAAUAAAAUAGCCGAGAAGGAUCGUGAAUUAUCAAUGAUGCAAAAAACAUCAUUAGACAGACAAAGAGGAUCUAUGAUCCAAAAACUUGAUACUUCACUCAAAGGCCAGAAUUUAUCAAACAUCAAACGUAGAUUGAAACAGUUUUAUAUUAACGAUUACAAUUUAUCUAACGAUGAUAUAGUAAUUGUAGAUAACUACAAUUAUGAUUCUACUGACGAUGAAGUUCAUUGGCGUUUACGAGAUAGCAACCUACACGAUCGAUGCAUUAAAUUUUCCGAAUUCGGCAUAAAAUUAUUACGUAAUGUUAAUAAUAUUCCCAAGGACUCUAACAAAUACUUGCGUGUUAUUAAGGACAUAGUAAAGCGUGUCAGAAAUAUGAUAAAUGAAAACAUUGAAACUUUGCGAGAAAAUGAAAAUGUAAUCGAGGCAUCGGCAACAUUACUUUCAAUGCAUAUUUUGAUAUACCCGGGCGAAGCCCAAUGGAUGAACACCCACGAAACAAUAACUACAUCAAUACCCGAAAUUCCAUCAAUAAAAUCACAUAACUACUCAAUCGAAUACGGACAUUUUGAUGAAAAUAAGUACAAAAAAUUGUUAAAACUAUCAACGCCGCGUUUACUGACAAAUUACAUCAAUAAUCCUAAAGCUUAUCUUCAUGAUGUCAAUAGUGGCGCAUUAUCCGCCUUUAAUUCCACAAUAAAUAACGAUUAUUGUGAUCCUGAGAUGAUGCUGGAUGGUAUACGACAAGAUGGCUCAGCUUUUACUUUUCACCCGACGAGAAAUGUACUCCAUAUUGAUUACAGCUAUUACCUCAAAGAUGUUGUUGCUCACAUAAAAUAUCCGGAUUUUUAUGCUUCUGUUUACUCGGAACUCAACAUACCCGGUAAUUAUUAUGAUGUUGUUAAGAAAAUAGUCUCAAUAUUGAUGCACCCGAAGUUGGAUGUUGUAUUGCAUGGUUUAAUCAGUUCGGAAGGCAAAACAAAAUUAAAUUUCAAUUGGUUAGAUGUAAAGGGUGAAACGGGUUGUUAUAUUAUACCUUCUAUUGGAUUCGGUAUUCUCAAAACAAAGAAUUUAAUGUUUCCCUUAAGGAUACAGAUGUCUGGUAUUCCGACUUCCUGCUUAAAGAAAUGUGCAGGAUCGCAGGAAACAAAAUGUAAUCCAUUCGCUACAAGUAUUAUGAACAUAAGAAAAAUUUACACUCCUAUGCACAGUGGCGAUGUCAAAGAUUUCGAAAAUUGGGAUGACGUUAAAUAUCAGUCAGGUAUAAUAAGGAAAAAACAAGAUAAUAUGUAUAUGCUUUACAACGAGGAGGCCUAUUCCUAUAGUGAUUGCAAUAAUACAUAUGGGAAAAGUAACUAUAUCGGACAAUUGACUGCGAGAGAUCAAGUUAUGUUCUGGAAAAGGACUUGUGAUAUUCAUACUGCCGAUGAGAUCUCCUACCAGAUCACUGAAGUGGGAGUAUGUACACAUAAUGGGAUGGAGACUUUUUAUCAAAUUCAUAAUAAGGGUUGGCAUGAUUUGAAGUUUUGUUGUAAUGUUACAACAGGAAGUAUCACGAGCCAAGUCGCCGUAUUAAAGGAUUGUUAUAUAGACGGGUAUGAUAUCGUAAUAGUUCAAAACGCACAUGCAUCUUUUAAAUGGUAUCAGUAUGUCGAUCCCAAAGUUUAUCAAGAUUUACAAUACGAAGGCGAGAAACAGACUUUUGAGUACAAUGGUCAUAAAUAUUUUGUUGAAAAUAUUCCUGAUGAUCCACAAAGUUUCACAGUCAAACGCGGUAAUAUCGCUAAUGUUAUACUUAUUGGUAAUAAUUCCACCCGUGUUAAUGAUUCUGUAACUUAUAAAAAUGUUACCUAUUACCGUGACAAAAGAACAAUGAUGUAUGUGAAACCUUAAUUGUGUUCGUAGUAUCUAAUUAUUUUCAAGUAGAAACUGAGAUAUUAGAAAUUAAACAACGUUUUUUUUUACUUAA